AAGUCCUUUCAGUUUUGCACAUGCGCAGUUAUGCGCCAGGCAAGGCUUUGCGCGCUUGCGCGGAGGGCUGGCCUGGGGUGGCACGUGAAGGUCGCCCGCUAGCCAGACUGCUUCAUUCACUCGCUCGCUCAAGUCAGGCCCGGCAUGGACUCUUCGUCCGCCGCGGGGGACUUGGGAGCGGCCGUCAACGACCCGCAGCUGCAGCACUUCAUUGAGGUGGAGACACAGAAGCAGCGCUUCCAGCAGCUCGUGCACCAGAUGACGGAGCUCUGCUGGGAGAAAUGCAUGGACAAACCUGGCCCCAAGCUGGACAGCCGAGCGGAGACCUGCUUUGUGAACUGUGUGGAACGUUUCAUUGAUACCAGUCAGUUCAUUCUCAACCGGUUGGAGCAGACGCAGAAAUCCAAGUUGCCCUUCUCUGAAAGCUUGUCUGACUGAUUUGGCCCUUGCAAUGUCUCCGUUUCCUUUGUUAAAGGGAAAGCAACCUACUGAAUGGGAGAAGAGGAGAAAGAGGUGGGCGGGGGAAGGAGAACAGAGGAAAGGAUCAAAAGUGGUAUUAAGCUGUGAGGGAGGUUGGCCUCCACAUUUGUGACAGACUUCAGGACUUCCUGGCCAACUUGUCAGUUCUGGUUUUCAAUUCCCAUCUUGUGAGCUUUAACAGUCAAGCAAGUGAGGCCGUGCCACAUCGCUUACUUGCUGACUAGCAUGGGCUUGUGCUGCCCAAGGUGGUUUAUUUCUAUAACAGGAACUUCACACCAGAACUGUAGUAUGAACAUCUUGCUUUCCCAACAGUCUGGCCAGGGAAGUGCACCUAUCAGUACUCAAGAACUUCUUCCUUCUUGCUGAGAUACAGGGGCUUGGAGGCUUCAGAUUUUAAUGUGGAUCCUGGGAAAGGCAGGGGUGCAAAUGUGCCUUUAAAAAUGGUACUGCGCUUUAGCACGACUCUUUUAGGUUAUAUAAAUUGCUCGCCUGCCACUUGAACAUGCAACUGAGUUUGACCUUUUGUAAACCGCAUCUAGCGUUUCAGUUGGACAGAGAAAAACAGACUUAACUUGCAGAAGUGUGCCAGUAAGGUGCUUAUUCAAACCCUUGUUAGCAUAACUAGGAAGAAAAUACUCCACCGGAAAAGGGGAGGGAAUGUCACUCAUGUGGUCAUGUAAAUGUUUCACUUAAUCCAAGCACAAAAGUCCAAUUUUUACUUUCUCCAUUAAUUCCUUUCCUCCAGAUCAGCAGAAUAAACAUUAAUUAGAUCCAUUUUAAA